AAAAUCGGGCUCACUCACACACUCGGCGUGACAACAGGGGCCUACCGAUCAAGUCCCCGGCUCAGUCGCCGAUGCGCGAUUUUCGCGUCAGGAGGCAGAGAUUUGUGCCAUAAAGAAUAGACGCACCCCGUCAUUCGGAUCUCCACGUCCUCGACUUUAUCUCUCGAGAGCAUACAGAAAUGGUAUCCAAGAUGUAUCUCCACGGCACAUCCGCUGUCUUAGUACGGCCAAGACUAUCACCGUCUAUAACUCCCCUCUUUAGCGCUCGAGUAUACCACCAAGCCGGUGCUUCACCCAAGGAAAAGUCAACCCCUUGCCACAGCAAGACUCCUUCAGCCCAACCCAGCUCGUCUAGACCCUCCGAAAACUCUCCGCCACGGCCAUCAACUUCCUCCAUCCUAAGUCGCUCAUUCUGGACCUGUCGCUCCUCCUGGAAGCGAGCCCGGAUCAACACCCUCCGGUGUCUCGUCGGCUGCACCGUCGGCGACUUCUCAGCCCUGUGGAUAUUGCAGUCUUUCGCGCCGACUCUUGGGAUUGGCCCGAUUAUGGGACUGUCCAUGGCCUCGGGCAUAACCACAUCUAUCGUUCUCGAGACCUAUCUCCUCUGGCGGGGAGCAGACCAGCUGUCCCUGCCCGUGGCCUGCCGCACAGCCAUGGGAAUGAGCAUGGUCUCCAUGCUGGCGAUGGAGCUAGCCGAAAAUGCGGUGGACUACCAUCUGACCGGCGGGGUGAUCAACGUGGGCGAUCCGCGAUUCUGGCUUGCAGCUGCCGUGUCUGUGGGGGCGGGGUACCUGGCGCCGUUGCCGUACAACUACUGGCGGUUGAGGAAGUAUGGAAAGGCUUGCCAUUGAUUUCUUCCGGUUCGACCUUGGUCGAGUCACCGUGCAAGCCACGUAUGAUGUAUGAUGAUCUUGUCUACCAGAUGUGUAGUGGCCACUCACCACUGCAGGUAUAUUCAAAUGAGAUUGCGCUAUUACAGAGGGUGUUGCCAGUACUAAUACAAGUUCCCUAUCGACUGCCUCCAUCCUGCUAGGUUCGCAGUGUAAGCCUGCACUCCAUUUCUCAAAACUCCAAGUCAUACACCAAUGUAUCCUCACACAGCUCCUCCCGGAGUUUUUGCACCCUGCUUCAAU